AUGAGUGCCUUAAGUUAUUUCUCAGCGGUUUAUAAAACAGUUGAAGGGGAGGAUAUCACUGCGCUCAUUUACCUUCCAAACUCAGCUACCCUCAAACCCCAGCCAUGUCCAGUUAUCAUCAAUAUCCACGGCGGCGCCUUCAUAGUGGGUUCAGCCCGUAUGGUAAACCAGGACCAGAUCGAGCACUGCUUAGAACGCGGGUGGAUCAUGGUUGUCCCAAACCAUCGCCUCUGUCCUGGCGUUGAUCUGCUCGAAGGCCCCAUCACUGAUUGCCGAGACCUCCUAUCGUGGAUUUACGACAAGGGACUUGAGACAGAGAUUGCCAAGAACAGCCCACCGAAUACUGAGAUUAGAAUCGACUACGAUCAUGUCUUUGCGUCCGGCACGUCUUCUGGAGGCCAUCUCAGCUUAUGCCUUGGCUUCGACGUCCCACGUCCGCCAGCGGCGAUCUUCGAUAUUUACGGCCCGUGCCACUUCCAACAUCCAUUCUGGAAGUCUAAGCUUGAUCAUAUAGCUUCCAUGAUCCCCAAAGGUUUAACCCCCGUGUUUAUGAACCAAGUAUAUCAGCAGCGACCGGUUCCCACAGAGGCCGGCAUUUCCCUCGAAGGCCAAGCAAAGGGACCGGACUUCAACGACCCCCGGCAGGCCCUCUGCUUUUCGAGUCUUGCUGAUGGCAAGCUUCUCGACGUGGUUUUCCCUUCAGGCGACUGGAAAAAGGUCGAUCCCCUGCUAAACAUCAGUGAAUCAUUCCCUCCUACAUUUAUUGUGCAUGGCGACGCAGACACAAUGGUUCCUCUUCAUCUAAGCCGCGGGCUGUACUCCGCGCUCCAGAGGUCGGGGGUGGAGUGCGGACUGCGUGUAAUACCUGGUGAAGAACAUACAUUUGCUGCCAAGAUGAAGAAAGGGUCGCAAACAUGGAACUUGCACCUCGAAGGGUAUGAAUUCUUAGAGAGUAUACUUGAGAGGAAGUAA